GAGGAGGAGAGCCGCCUCGCUCUACCUGAAAACUUGUCGUCUCGGCACGUGCCAAAGUCGUCUCGCGUCUCGUCCACUGCGAGCACGCACGCCGGACGGAGCAGCCGUCGUCGCCGACACGCCGCAGACCGGUCUCGCGAGUACGGGACAAGCGCCCGGUCGGCCGGUCGGCCUCCGCGUACACGACGCAGGGCUUGCUCGCCGCCGCCGCUGAACCAUCGGCGAGACACGGACGGCCCAGAAGCUCGAGCCAGGAGUACGAAGGAGCGUUUUCGUCUCGCUCCUCGAAACCGCUCUGCGAUGCACAGCUGCUGAACAGCAAGGUUCCUGCCCCUCGGCGCCGGCGGCACCAGCAACCUCCGUGAAGACAUGCCCGCGGCGUCACCGCGUUGCUUCGUACCGUCUGUGUGCGUCACCAGGCGGGACUCUCGGACGAGCCGUCCAGCUGGUUCGCAAGACUCGCUCCAUCCUCUUGUUAUUUAGGCGUGCGGCUCACGAGAAAGAAAAGAAAGUGGGGUGACUCCGAGUGGGACCGCGGGCAAUGUGCGUUGCGGGAGACGCUACGUUACGGCAUCGCUACAUCGGCGUUCCCGAAGAGCGUGGUUUCGUCGUCGCACCGGCUGGUGGUCGCCGCCGCAGUCGCCCGUCGGGAGGAAUAGCAACCGCCGUGCUACCGUUGCCGACUGGUGUGAGAAAAGCGACUGUGCUCGAGCCGAUCGCGCGUCGGUCUCCUCUUCCGCUUCGCUUCGACGUCGAGCCGAGAUCUUCGCACCGUCGACAACGAGCGACCGUUGAGUGUCUGUGAGACCUUCGGUGACGUGGAGCCUUCUCCCGCUUUUGUGACGUGCGUGCCGAGAAUAGUGACGGGCCAGUGAACACCAGUAUGUGUAUAUAGGAAAAGGAAAACUUUGUGAAAGUUAGGUCGAUUGUUCGCAUUCCACGUCUUUCCCGCUCUAAGGCGCUUUCUCCAGUACGACGGAACCAGUACGAGUACAGCUUGCGUCGUGGCGGGUGACCAGUGUGAGAAUUUCUCUGGCUGCAACCCUCGAGCUUGCGCAAGGAAACCAGGAGCGGCAACUCGCGCCUUACAGAAACUUCGAAAACCACUACUGCAGUAUAACGUGCGUGACGGGUUACGGAAAGUCGACGAGCACGCGGAAAGCCGCAGCGACCGACUGCCGACUACACCCACACUUGAGCGGCGCCAUCAGCCCUGGGAUUCAAAGCACGUAUUCGCGUCGACCGUACAGCAAGCAAGACUGACUGCGCGGAGGAUAUUUUAUUUUUUCUAAGGCAUUCCUGGAAAGUAUUUAGUGUUGGUGACAGUGAGCGUAGAUCAAAUCCUAGAGGGAAAUCUUGACCCAUCCAAGACGACGACCACGCGCCCCAGUCCUUAGGGACAAGACGCUCUGGAUGCAAGGAUACUCUCUCUCUCUCUCUCUCGGGGACUGACUAGUGCGUUCGACUGAGGACGACAAGCAACAAGAAGCUGGACGUGUACCUCGAUCGGCGUAUCCAAUCGUGUGCCACCGGUGACCUGCGGUUGCAUCGCAGAAGGAAUCCCGUCGAACCUUGCGGAAGCCAGUGAAAGAAGAAGGUAACUGUGACGCAGUCUCCCACGUAGACGGGCACCAUCGGACGGGCAGGAGAGGCGAACGACUGUCAUCCAAAAGCGGGGACAAUAAACCCGCGGCAAAAGGCAGGCAUGCGCAAUCGGCCGGAGGCGCCCAACUCGGCCUGAUCGCGUCCAUGCUGUGUCCCGUCCUGGCGGUGUCGUGGGCGCUGCUGGUGGCGGCGGUGCUUCCCUCCGGGUGCCGGGCCAGGGCCGUCACGGGCGGCGGCGGCGACGACCCGGAGCGCGCCCGCGCCAUCGAACUCAUCAAGGGCCGCAUACUGGCCGACCUGGGACUGUCCAGCGCGCCCACGGGCCGCGGCCGCGCGCCCUCCAACAAUCUGCACUUGGAUCACAUGAUGCGCGUGUACCGGCGCAGCCUGCACCGCUCGCCCGAGGAAGGCGGAGGACGGAGCCGCGGACGCGGCAGGAAGGGCCUCGCCCGCGGAGCCGCCAAGGAGGUCACGCACUACUACAGCUUUAAGAGCGAAGGGAGGGCACUACAGAUGGCCCGCAAGGGUCGGGCUUCACUGCAGCACAUCCUCUUCCCCAUCCACAUCGCCAGCGGGCGGCCGCGCGGUGCCAACGCCACGGCGCGCAGCUACAGCGUGCGGUACGCGCGGCUCAGGCUGCGCAUGAUGAGCCGGCGGCCGACGCUGGUGCGCAUCUACCAGCUGCUGGAGCCCGGCUGCCCCUCGUGCGAGCGGCGGCUCAUCAACAUCCGACGACUGUCCCGCAAGGGCCGCCACCGGAUGGACGUUGCCGAAGCGGUCCAGUCCUGGGUCGACCAGCCCGAGUCGAACCACGGCCUGGACAUCGAGUGCAAGCCGGCGUGCCGGCUCUCGCGCGACUCCGCGCUGGACGUGGAAGUGGCCGAAGUGCUGAACCGGUCGCACCGCAGCUACCGCAAUGGGCCGGCGGGCGUGCUCCUGCAGCACCACCGCGCCAUCGACUGCUCGCACGGGCCGGACAACCAGACGGACCUGUGCUGCCGCCACUCGCUCAAGGUGUCGUUCGCCGAGAUCGGCUGGCACUGGGUGGCCGAGCCCAAGGAGUUCGACGCGUACAUGUGCAAGGGACGCUGCCCCAACGACAACCGCAACUUCAACAGCACGCACGCGCUCGUGCAGAGCCUGAUGAGCGAGCGAGCCGACGUGCCGAGCCCGUGCUGCGCGCCCAAGUCGCUCAAGGGGCUGAGCCUGUUGUACCAGGAUGGGCCCGACUCGGACCUCUAUACCGUGGCCACGCAGCAGGGCAUGGUGGUCGAGGAAUGCGCUUGCCUCUGAGCAGGAUGGCCCGCCCACCGCCAGGGCGCGAACCAAAGAUUACAAUGUGCGUGAAGCCACGGGCUACUAUCAUGGCUAUCAGGGCAAGGGCGCGGCGGGCCCUGGGAGCGACGGCGAACGAUGUUGUAGAGAGGAGAACGCUGUGCGCCUUCGAGGUGUGUGUUGAUAACUGGAAGAUAUUCUCUCCUUGUGAGGCUUAGCCACGUUUCUUAAUUUAUUUUAUUGCGCAGGUUGCCUACGGCGUAUUCGCUAUUCCAACUCGCCCACAUCAACGCGCCAUGUUAGGCUUAAGACACAACAGACGUGCGUGUAUAACUCGUCCGUUACGUUGGACGAUGCGUUGGUGAAAUGCUCCAAGACGGCCUAAUUACUGACAAUGCUCGUUCUGAUGGCAGUUGAUGGUUUAUACGGAUUUACAGUGGAACUCGUAAAUGCGACGUUGUCGCCAUGUUUACACUAGCACUACCGCCAUUGGCUUGCGGCCGUUCGACACUUUCGUAACUCUAGAUGUGAUCGCUCCUCGAGGCAGUUCGCGCGCGUCGAGCGAAAUUUGUUUCGGUCGAUGUGAAACUAUCGCUUUCAGUUAUAAAUAGAGCUCGCGGUUUUCGGGAGCGUUCUAAGUGCACUUAGUGAAGCACGAACAAACGACCAUGAAUAGCAAUGGCUGACAUUCAAACGAGAAAAGCUCUGGAAAGCGCCGCAGCAAACGGCUGCAUUUUUGCUCUUAGGCAUGCAGGACGGAAUAACUGCUACUUUCCCGAAAGUAAAAUGCUGACGUGGUCGUUGUGCUAUAACAAUCAAUGACAUAAUGAAUUAAUAUAGUGGCACAGGAUACCGCAGACCAUGACGCGGCUUCAGCGAUUAAACAGAGCAUUAAAGAAGCAUCCAGCAAGGGUUUCAAUGAGGAUGUCUUUCACAGCGUAACUCGCUUCCACGAUUAGUUAGGCUUGACGGGUUUCAUGUUAGGUUUAGGUGACAGUGGAGGAAGAUAGCAAGCCAAACUCGACCUGUAGGUUGCACUUUUCAAAUAGCAAGAGGGCACUUUCACCAAGAACAAAAGCUUGGUAUGCCAGAAAGUGACGCAAUAGUAAAACGUGGAUCGCGACACCACCAUUUAGUCUGCUCAGCAACUUUCGUAACGCCGCAAUAAGUCGCGGUAACGGAUCUCUGAGGCUCGGUAAUUGUCGUGUAUUAAUUGAAUUGCACUGCAGCCUCAAUUCUGCAGUUCUCCCCAGUUUCUUUGGAAGAAGGGCCAAAAGGGCAAAAGGAAAACGAAAUAUGACGUCACGCACUGGCUUCGUCGGUGUCGAGGUUUGUGUGCAAUAUAAGUUAAGGAAGGCAUGCAAGCUUCGACAAACACUUAGCCAGUACUGGUACAAACUGAUACGAUGUCUGUCGUUAAGAUAACAGAGGAAACCAGAGUUUAGGGAGAACCAGAUAACCAAAACAAAGCGUUGCAUUCUUCGUCAGUGCACUUUCCUACUGGUGCCAUACGCACUGCUAGUCUCAGGUAAGAUUCAAGUCACUAAAUCCGCUUGUCUUGACGUCAGGGUGCCAAUAAGGAAGGGAAAGAUACCGUAACUAAUACGAAUUAAUACGAACGUCCAUACUUUCGAUAACCAGAGAUACGGUUCAAGAAGCUCGUUGGGAAGAAAGUCUUCGCGCACACAGGAAGCACGUGAUCAGCGCAGCCUCGUAGGGGGUCGCGUUGAACACGCGAGGAAAGAACAGUGUGAAGCGUCUCUUGAGAGCUGUCCCAUCGAUCUUUCAUAUAUAGUGCUGUCACACGGACACUUUCAAACCAGCUUUAUUUUCAGAAAUAGACACGUUGUGCGCAGAAAGAACAUCACAAUGAAGACCAACAACGACGGAGUGUUGUCCGUCUUCUUUGUGGUGCAACUCGUGCGCACUAACCCAACGCCACGUCGUGGUGGAUUGCUUGGUUUAAACGAAUGAAGAAGUCGGCACAUAUCGAGCGAAACAUGUAAUUUUCAAGCACGCUUGCCCUUAUUUCCGCUGCGGGGUUUUUACUUCGAUCGUAUUCGAAAAGUCCGAUGCAGGUCGACCCAAUCAGACUUCAGCGGGGGUCGAAAAAUCCCGCAUAACAAGAGUAUUACUGAAGGGUCAGUUGCCGUCUUAUGCACAGCGUAUGUUCGCCGGUCGGCUCAGCCUCACUUCCAGGGUUCGCCUCGCUUUGCCAAAGAACAUCCUUGUUGUCGUCAUUGUCGAUGUCAGUGUGCGCAAUCUAAAGACUGUAAGAAGACAAAUCCGACAACCUAAAGAACAGAAAGCAAAUGUCCGCGCACCAGGGUACGGUGUCAUGUUCCUUCCGAGGCGUAUUUCCUCUCAGAGCCUCUUAGUUUCUUCAUUUUUUCCCCUAGUUGCGCGCGUCGCGCGGCCGUCCUUCUAGUGUUCAAAAUGACCUGUGAUAAAGCGCUGUCCGUUUGAGACGUCGCGACGGGACGCUCGGACGCGCGCAACGUUUAUAGGCAACGGAUUCGCCUUGGUGAAGUGGGGCCUCCAUUCCUACCGACACUGCGUGCUCGGGCACUGUAUAAUUCCCCCCCCCCCCCCCCCCACUGCUAUAUUCUUUCCUCGGCGAAAGCGCAACGUCGUCGGAGGAAGCCCUCAGUCAUCGCGUUCUUCACGGACAUCCACGACCCUUCUCUCCUGUAUCAACGCGCGCACGACUCCGUCUCUCCAGCUCAACGCAGUGGCGCUGCACGGCCGCGGCUCCCGACCAAUCGAACGAGAGACGACGUGGUGACGCACAUCCACACUCUGAGUCCCCGCGCCAUCUGGUGCAGUCUUCAGCCAUCGUCGCGCUGCGCUUUCACGUCGAAAACCCGACGACGUGUCGAAGCUGCCCCCCCCCCCUCUCCCCAAAUUCACGAGCGCCGCUUUGCGACGACUGCGCGGAGUGCCACUUAUAGGCCUGUCCCAGUCUGGAACUACAUUCCUGCGCACAGGCUCGGACACGGAGCCUUUUCGCGCCUUGGGACUUCCACGUCACUGCACGGAUCUCGCGAGACGGAGUAACGCGCGCAGUGCGGUGGGACGUUCAUGUUACAGUGUUGUGACGUCACAAGUGAGGUGAGUGAGGUAUCACCACACGAAGAAAGCAGAAACUAAACUGUAUUGGACAACGGAGCCGCUUUAUGCCUCGUACUCUGUGUGUUAUAUAAAGUAUGCGAAAAAAAAAGUGUCUAUGUUGUUUCCCCCGAAGACUGUGUGUAUCAAUAAAAGUAUCUCAAGCAUGUUAA